AUGUCCGACCCCAAUACCACAGAGCUGCAUACUCUAACCAGUUCGCCACCCCAUGACAUCGAGCAGCCACCGCUGCCACCGACAGACCGAGGGAAAGAUGCUUGGCUGAUGCUGGCUUCGUGUGGGUUGAUUCAGAUGCCAGUCUGGGGCUUCUCGCUCGUGUUCGGUAUCUUUCAAGAGUACUUCAUGACACACGACCAGCUCAAGGGAAGUAAAGGGGAUCUGGCGAUCGUGGGCACCACGUCAACGGGGAUUCUAUACCUCCUCUCGCCGGUCACCUUCACCCUUCUCACCCGCUACCCGUAUCUUCAGAAAUACUGUGCUACCUUCGGUCUAUUCCUCAGCGUCGGUGGAUCGCUCCUUUCGUCCUUCUCGGUGUAUGUCUGGCAUUUGAUCUUGACACAGGGUGUCAUCUGUGCCGUUGGUAAUGGGCUCCUGUUCAGUCCAACGACUUUGUAUCUGGACCAGUGGUUUGUCCGGCGAAAGGGCCUCGCGUACGGCAUCAUGUGGGCCGCAAAAAGCGCCUGCGGCGUGGCUCUGCCCUUUGCUGCACGUGUCUGUCUGGAGCGCUGGGGUCCCAGGAUCACCCUACAAGCGUGGAGUAUCACCACGCUUCUAUCCACCGUCGCCGCAUUGCCGUUCGUCAAGCCACGUAUCCCACCGGCCUCGUCCACCUCUGCCCGACCGUUAGAUCUCAGCUUCCUCAAGCUAUCCACCUUUUGGUUAUUACAGGUCGGGAACAUCAUCCAGAGCUUUGGGUACUUCCUACCCACCACGUAUCUCCCGUCGUACUCCACGGCGGCGGCAGGACUGCCCGACACUGCAGGCACUCUGCUCGUCGCGCUGUUCAACGCCACAUCGGUGUUCGGGGGUAUCGCUCUAGGCACGCUCUGCGAUCGAUUUGCAGUCACGAAUAUCAUGCUGUUGUCCUCCGUGGGGUCGGCGCUAUCUGUCUUCCUCUUCUGGGGCCUGGCGUCGUCCCGCGAGUCCGCAGCACCGACCUCGUCUUACUCGCACGCUGCAAUGACCCUGCUCAUCAUGUUCUCUAUCUCAUACGGUUUCUUUGCGGGUGGAUUCAGCUCCACCUGGUCCGGAGUGACCACCCAGAUUAAACGGGACCGACCGUCGCUGGACACCGGUCUGGUAUUCGGGCUGCUCGCAGGCGGACGGGGAAUUGGCAAUGUCAUUAGUGGUCCGUUGAGCACGGCAUUGAUCAAGCGAGGAUCCGUGGCUGGCGGUGAGCAUGGUGGAACAGGGUAUACGACGGAGUAUGGGGCUUUGAUUGUGUUUACAGGGGUCACGGCUUUUCUGGGGGCCUGGAGCUGGAUGUGGCGGUAUCUGACGUUGUGCUACUCCCGUUGA